AUCUUAUCAACCCUUCUAUUUUUCCAAAACAAAAAGAGUAACAAAAUGACACCACAUUUUCUCACCUUCCAACUCUCAAUACCACUCAUAUUCCUCCUAUGCACCACCACCAUAGCUCAACCGGCACCGGCCCCGGCCCCCGGACCACCACUUCCCACCAACAUCACCAAAAUCUUAGAAAAAGCUAGCCAAUACACCACCCUAAUCCGCCUCUAUGGCAUAACCAAAGUUGGUGACCAAAUAAACACACAACUCAACAACUCCCAACAAGGCAUGACCGUGCUAGCACCACCCGACAGCGCCUUCUCCAGCCUUGCCCCAGGCGUGCUCAACUCGCUCAACGACCAACAAAAGGACGAACUCGUUAAAUUCCAUGUCAUCCCCACGUUCAUAUCCACCUCACAAUUCCAAACCCUAAGCAAUCCAUUGAGGACACAAGCCGGUGAUAGCACUUACUAUAACUUUCCAUUGAAUAUUACGACUAACGGCACCUCGGUUAAUCUAACUACGGGUGUUGUUAAUGCCACGCUGCAGAAUACGAUCUACACUGAUGGUCAACUUGCUGUGUAUCAAGUGGACAAGGUUCUUUUGCCCAUGAGCUUGUUUGGUCCUCAACCACCAGCGGCCGCACCCGCACCCGAGCCCGAAAAGAAGAAGAAGAAGAAGAAAGCUGGGGAUGAUGAUACUCCGGCUACGGACAGUACUGCUAGCUCGAGUGUUGAUUUACGUCUUGGUUUGCAUGGCUUGAUGGGGGGAUUAAUUGGUUUCAUUGCAACGUUUUAUUUGUAACAAUGGACGGUUGUGAUGAUGCCAUGUCGGAAACGUGAUGUGGGGCCACUUUUUUUUUCUUUUGUUUGAGUGAUUGUGAUUUAAGGGUAAUGGUUUUGUCACUUUGUGUAGUGAGUGACUUUUGUAAUCUACUGUUAAUGUUAAUUUUUGUAUAAUCUUUUAUUUGUUUGUGUUAAAAUGGAAUUC